UCGGCGUCCGUCUCUUCCUGUGUCACCGCUCAGCUUCACAUGCUACCGCGACCGUAACUGGACGAGAGUGCCUCUUGCCUCGGCACCGCAUACCUAGUGACGCAAUUCGAAGGCAAUCAAGAACAACAUCAGAUAAUUCACCAUGACGGAACCCCCAUCAUCACCUCCUGGCGAUAUGGCCAAUGCCGAGGAUGCUCUGUCCUGGUACAAGUCGCAAUACGAGGUGCUUGAGCAGGAGCUAGCCGAGUUCCGGGAAUCCAGCAAGGAAUUGGAACAGGAACUCGAGAAGGACAUCGAACAGGUAGAGAAGAGAGAGCGAGCCUACCAGCAAAAGGCUGAGAGUCUUUCCUUCGAGGUAGAAGAGUGGAAGACGAAAUACAAGCAGUCCAAGGCGGAGGCCAACGCUGCGCAAAACGCCCUGGAGAAAGAGAUCACCAACUUGCGCGAAGCCAAUCGCGCGCUGACCCUCAAGCUGCGUGAUAUCGAGGUUGCCAACGAUGAUAUUGAACGACAGGCCCGCCACACCACCUCAUCCCUCGAGGACCUCGAAUCGAAAUACAAUGUCGCCAUCGAGCGAGGCGUCAUGAUGGAGGAGGAGAUCAAGAUCGCCGACAAGGAACGCGAAGCACUGCGCAUUGAGAGCCAGCGGUUGCGCGAGGAGCUCUCCGACCUCAAGAUCGAGGCGGACCUGCUUCAAGACAAACUCAAGAAACAGGAGGCCCGGCAUCUUUCCGCCGUCUCCACCGAUCUCUCUGCCCUCGGCUCUCCGACUUUCGACGAGAAGACCGUUGCCAGCUCCCCCACCUCGGUCGCCAGCUCUCCCCUCAUCACCACCCCUCCCGACGCCGCUCCUUUGUGCUCCAAGUCGCCUCACGAUCUCCGCAGCCCACCUUCUCCGCCCAUGUCCGACGCCUCUGCUCAUGCCGCCACCCAUGCGCCUGCGCCUAUGCCCACCCCGAUGCCGGCGACCAGGAAGUCGAUUUCCUCCAAGACUCCGGCCCCGCUCACCCGCAAGUCGCGCCUCCCAUCGGCCGACCACAGCAUCACCCCCAAGCCAAGGUCCCUGACUGCGUCCAGCUCAGGCAAGCCUCCCGGUCGCACCGUGGCCGCCACCCGCACUCCGGCCCCGCGCACCGCCGCCCGUACCAAUACCAACACGCACCGCAUUCCUGCCUCCAACUCCCUCACCCAUAUCCGCAGCCUCACCGCCCAGAUGCAACGUCUCGAGGCUCGUGUCCAAUCAGCUCGCUCCAAGCUGCCUGCCCCGAUCCACACGCCACCGCGAUAUUCCCCGCGGUCCUCCGUCAAUGGAGCCCACCAAGUGCCUUCGACGGUUACGAUCCGUUCUCGCAAGCGUACUGUCGGCUCUACCGCACCAUCGUCCGUAGCCGGCGACGAGACCACGCCUACCAACCACCGCAGCUCCAUCCAGGGCACCGCAACCACGAACCCCUCCCGCCACGUGUCCCGGCCAAGUAUAUCGGGCGUCAGUCGCCUCUCCUUCGGACCUCUUCCCAACCGAAACCCCUGCAAUGCCGACUCGGACCCCCCGUCGAUCUCCCGGCCCAGCUCGCGAGCUAGCAUCUCGUCGUACGCCCGGCCAGCGAGUCGCACGGAAAUGGUGCCGCCUCCUCGCCCGGCGAGCCGCACCAGUCUUUCUGGCCGCCGCACACCUCUGGGUCGUCCGCGAAGCUCCAUCGGCAUGCACGGUUACUCGAACAGCAUCACCCAUGCGGAUAUAGACGAGGCCUACGAGGAUGCGCUGGCGAACGGCCUGCGGACGCCGAGCCGCAGGGGCACCUAUUCGCGUUACGAGGCGGAGGCGAGCGUUAGCGGCAUUCCCCAACCCACAAGCGCGAUCCCGGUACCCGGGAGGAGGCAGAGCGGCGGGUCCGUGGUGACGAGGCGGACGAGCAACGGCGUCGACCUGCGAGCGUCGUCCAGGAGAUCAAACGUCGGCUCGGAUCUACUCGAGGAGGAGACGUAUUAAGUCGCAAGAGAGAAAAAUAUGCGGCGCUUUUGAUGAUACCCGAGAAGAACACACACACACACACACACACAGAGAGAGAGAGAGAGAGGGGAGGCUUGGCCGGGAGAUUACGAUAACGAAUCUUUUGCGAGGCUUUUCCACCCGGAGGAGAACACGGACAUUCUGCACUUACUGCACCCACCCCAUUACUUCACCUGCGGCGUGUUUUUGGAGGGUGGCACGCUCAGAUGUAUCUAUUGCUUAACACACCCUC